CGUUUCCGUGGCUACAGCGGCGUUUCAGGCAACUCUUGUACUCACAUUUCACGCGCCCGUUCGUCGUGUUUUUUUAGGGUGUUGGGAGAUUUCCCCUCCGCGGGAGGCGCUUCCGGUGUGUGUUGAGUGACAGUGACAAGAACUUUACUGCAGAAAAGCAAGAGGAGCGGUGGUGGGCGGGGUUAAACAGACAUCGUUCGUGGUGGCGUCACAGAUGGCAGGAACUUCCAGACACGACCGAGAGAUGGCGAUCAACGCCAAACGGCAGCUGACGUCAUGUUCCGAUCCACUCGAGAGACUCCGCCUCCAGUGUCUGGCCAGAGGCUCAGCUGGCAUCAAAGGUCUCGGAAGAGUGUUCCGGAUCAUGGACGAUGACGCCAACCGCUCCUUGGACUUGAAGGAGUUCCUGAAAGGCAUCCACGAAUACGGCCUCCUGAUGGACAAAGAGGAAGCGGUGGCCAUCUUCCAGCGCUUUGACCGCGAUGGUAACGGCUCCAUCGACUUUGACGAGUUCCUAAUCACGCUACGGCCCGCCAUGUCCAAGGCCCGCAGAGACGUGGUCAUGCAGGCCUUCCACAAACUGGACAAGACCAAAGAUGGCGUGAUCACCGUUGAUGACCUUAGGGGGGUCUACAAUGCCAAAUAUCACCCCAAAUACCAAAACGGCGAAUGGAGCGAGGAGCAGGUGUUUAGGACUUUCCUUGACAACUUUGACUCGCCAUACGACAAAGACGGGAAGGUGACGCAUGAAGAGUUCAUCAACUACUACUGCGGCGUCAGCGCCUCCAUCGACAACGACGCUUUCUUCAUCCUUAUGAUGAGGAAUGCGUGGAAGCUCUGAAAUUCCGACUAUUCACCGGCGCAGGGAUUUUUUUUUUUCUUCGAAGGAGUGGACCUGGAGUUCCAAAAAAGACUACUAGAAAUCCCCAUGUAGUGAUUGUGGAGUCGGGAAUGAUUGCCAACGCAGUUCAUCGUUGCCCAUUCCCCGAUCGUUACAAACGCAUUUUCAUUCAGGUGAGGUGGCCGACUUCCAAAUGAACUGACGCCAUUCAUCCAAUGCACUCCAGUCAGCGUCAGGAUUAUUCUACAGUGGACUGACUACAUCGUGGACUGCAGCCCACUGGACUAGUUGAUUCGAUGGCUGAAAUGAUCCAUCUAAAAUUUGCGCAUUAGGAAUUGUGAUAUGAUUGACUAGGAUAUGCCCAAAGAUCUACUUUAGGAUUGACGUUGACAUAGUGCAGUGGACUUAAUGAUUGAUUGAAUAGUGCACCAUCUCUGGGGGCAAGUUGACCGAAGGGCAGAAAUCAUGAAUCGAAUACUUUUUGAUCCCGCGAGGUAGUGGAAUAUUUGGCUGAAAUGAAAAAAAAACAGAAGGGAAUAUGUUGAUAUCAUGACAACGUCCUUCCGUAACAAAUAAAUUCAGUUGCGAAAGGAA